AUUUAAUGGAAAAAUUUAGAGCAUAUGCUGAUUCACAUACAGGAAUCAAUCUCUUUGUGCCAGCUUUUGUUAAUUAAAAAAUAUCCCCCCUCAUCCUUUUGCUCCACAUAGUAAUGUUAUGUUAUUAUAUUAUUUAGAUCCUUGGAUCCUUAUUAAUUUUGAUUAGAAUUCCUCUGUUGUUAAUUUUGAUAUUAUUACUAUAAAUAUUGAAUGCUUUGAAAGUAGAAUCCCUAAAUUAAUUGAUUGGUAAAUUGAUGUUGUUUACUUGUGGAUUUGUUAACAUUGAAAAUUAGAUUCCAAUUCAAGAUAAGGGUGGAUAACUCAUUUUAUCAAAUCAUUCUAGCCCAAUAGAUUGGAUAUAUUUCUUAGCUUAAUCAUCACCAAACUUCGCAACUUUUGUAGAAUAAGGCGAUGAAAUCAGAUAUCAAUUACUAUCCUUAAAUUAAGUGCUUAAGAAUUUGUUUUCAAUUACUACUGCCUAAACAGGAACUGGAUUAUACUUAAAUUAAGUGAUAUUUUAAGAUAGACCAACUUUAUUGUUCUUUGAAGUAUUUUAAUUAAUAUUCACAUAUUUAUAGGGAUGUUAGACCAAUCAAUUGGGAGUGUUAUCACCACCAAGAUAAAUGAUUACUGAAAUACAGAAAAUGGGAUAACCUAUUGUAAUUGAUAUUCUUAUCGUAGAACAUUUAUGUGUUAACUUAUCCAGACAAAUCUGUUUUUACUCCUAUUAAUACUACAAGGAAUGGAUUAUGGCAUUUUGUAUUGUUGUUAACAAAUAUUUGGAAUGAUUUGAGAGUUGUUAGCCAAGAAUUCGACACCUCCAAGGACUAUUAGAAACUCAUAAGUAAUUUCUAUGAAUGCGAAGGGUUGAAAAUAGUAUCUUAUAUAAUUAUUUAAUUAAUAGAUCCAUUAAAAAUACACAGUAUAAACAGAAUUCUUGAAUUAUUAUUGGAGAACUUCCAGUGGAAAUUAUAUUAAAUUAGAUUGAUUAUGC